AUGGUGGGCCGAAUCCAGUGGCAUGUCCUUCCAACUCUAAAUAAAAACCAGUAUGGCUUCAUGCCUCAACGUGGUACUGAGGACGCCCUCUAUCAUCUAUUGGAACAUAUUAAAAACGAAGUGAGGAAUAAAAAGAUCGUCCUCGUUAUUUCACUAGAUAUAGAGGGAGCCUUCGACAACGCUUGGUGGCCAGCAUUGAAACUGCAACUAACCAAGAAGAAAUGUCCCAAAAACCUCUACGAUAUGGUUGGCUCUUACCUUCAAGACAGAAAAAUCACAGCCAACUACGCCAGAGCAACCAGUGAGAAGGGAAUUACAGAGGGCUGUAUUCAAGGAUCUAUUGGCGGACCAACCUUUUGGAAUGUUAUCCUAGACUCACUGCUGCACCAACUCACGUACGAAGGAGUAUACUGUCAGGCAUUUGCGGAUGACGUUGUCUUGGUGUUCUCGGGACACUCAACGAGUGCCGUGGAGCAACAAGCCAACGACACUUUAAAGAGGGUAACGAAAUGGGGAACCAAGAACAAGUUAAAGUUUGCAGCGCACAAAACAAAUGCAAUGCUCAUAACGAAGAAACUUAAAUUCGACUACCCUAACCUGCAUAUGUCUGGCAGCAGAGUGAACCUCGUAGAGGCAAUUAGAGUACUUGGUCUCACCAUUGACCGUGGACUCACCUUUAAACCGCAUGUAGCAGCCGCAUGCAAAAAAGCGGCUGACAUAUACAAGCAGCUUGCAUGCGCGGCCAAGGUGACCUGGGGUCUCAAUGGUGAGAUUGUAAGGACAAUAUACGUUGCAGUCGUCGAACCUAUAGUGAUGUACGCUUCGAGCGCGUGGUCUUCAGCAACAGAACUACAGAUGAUUAAAGACCAACUUAACACGUUGCAAAAGGGCUUCGCGUAG